GAUCAAAAUAGUCAAUAAGGCUAGGGAUUAUCAUUUUUUUUGUGCGUUCACUCCCGAAGAGACGAGUAAUUCGACUAGUUACGAAAUUUGACGGCUUGGGCAAAUCUGCUCCUCCUCCUCCCGUUGACGACGAGGACGAGAAGCGGAGGAGCUCGGUGACCCAUGGCGGAGGCUAAAUCCAUAGUCCUUUAAUAUCUGUGGGCGCCGGAUAUGUCGUUUCUGAAGCCAUUGCUGCCGCUUCUCUUGGCCAUCGCCCUCGUCGCGGUGGAAUACAUGAUCUCGGAGCCUUCCUGCGUUGUGUCCGGACGAGUAGGAGAGUCCGAGAGACACUCGGAUGAUCUGAAGGUUAUAAUGGUGGCGGACCUUCUCUUGCCGGGAUCCGACGCCGGCUACACAGACACCUUCUUUAGGGAUCCCUUCAAAUCCAAGUUUUUUCGGAAAUCCUUGGAGAAGUUCAGACCCGACAUGCUUCUUGUGCUAGGUGACGUAUCUGCGAGAGGAUGGGAACUGACAGAGAGCAAGUGGCGAACAGUUAUGCAGCAGUUUUAUAAGCUUCUGGGUCCAUUCAUGGGGCUUCCUCUUCAUAUAGCUUUGGGGGACAGAGAUAUUGGGGAGUGCAGUGAGUUGGAUGAACAAUUUGCCAGUCAAAUUGUGAGCAGCUUACCUAGCUUAGGAUUAUCUGGUUGCAGCUCAUUCGAAAUGGGUAAUGUCAGUUUUGUUUCCCUUAAUUCUGUUGCAUUGCUCUGCGGCACCAAUGAUUUGCGCUUUAGAGUUGAGAAGGUCAUUGAGAGAGAGAGCAUUGUUUUAAGAAAUCGAGCAAAAGAAACAGAAAUAUUAGGAAAACCCAGCUUUAGGCAAGAACGGUCCAAUAACUUUCAGUGGAGAGAUAACAAGAUGGAGUCUGGUUCUGGUCCUGUUCUGUUACUUCACUUUCCACUUCACAGGAAAAAGAGAAGCAUUUUGGAGGUCAAUGAUGUAAAUCAAGGAAUUUGCAAACACACAGAUGGUGAUUUAAGAAGGAUAAAAGACAGUAAAUUCAAGGAUAUGGGGCCAUAUGCCCUGCAGAAGACUUUCCCCGUCAAUGAAACUGAGUACGUCCUUCAGGCACUCAAGCCCAGGAUCGUAUUCAGUGCUCAUUCCCAUAAAUUCUGUGAUCACACACACAGUGAUGGUACACGAGAGGUAACUGUACCUGCAAUGACAUGGACUAGUGGUCAAAAGCCCGGGCUUGUAUUUGUUAAUUUUGGACACAACAAAGAAGUGAGCGUGAGUCAUUGCUCUUUUGUUUCCGAACGGCAUGUAAUACUGUUGUAUUUAUGUGUCUUUAUGCUUUCUAUGUCAGUUGUUCUUAUUGCUAGAUGCUUAAAUCUUGUAAAAUAGUUUUAGACAACACACACUCAGUGUUAGAGUCUAUAUAUUAUGCAGCUUUAUAGUUAAAUGUGAUGGUAGAACACUGAUACAUGUAGUGGCUAGUUAUGCUCUUGCAUGAGCUUUGCUGUUCA